CCCCCGCCCCUCUGACCCUACCUGUCUAGGCACGCGCACAACUGUCAGCUUUUUCCGUGAGGAGGGGAUUGUAAAUUUAACACGGCACAGAUGGUAUUUUAAAUCUGACAUCACAGAAAUAACAGUAGGCAUAUACUGCAGAUAGGUUUUCAUUCAAAUGUAGGGCAAUAGCUGCGUUUCGUCACUAAAAGAAAGUCCGUGAAUAAGUCUCUAGUGGGGGAAAUAUAGACGUUUGAAGGCAGCGGCUUCCUAAAACGUUAUCGGAUGUGAAAUAUAACUGUCAGCUGCUGAAAGAACUGCAGAGUUUUUCCAGCACUUUCUGUUUUUGCUUCAAAUCCGCAACAUCUUGCUUUUUGUUUGAAAGUGGCCACUGUUCAGUGCGGACGCUCUGUAGUUACGAUCCCACCCGCUCAAACAGUGCCAUCUGUUGGCAGUUGGAGGGAGGGGGAUGAGUGGACUCACAGCAGAGUUCAGAGCGCAUGCGUGAGUUGUUGACUCCUGCGAAGAAGAAAAACAAAGGAAGCGAAGCGCAAAAUCCUGGAGCAUCUCUGCAGUGUUUGCAGCUUCCUCUAGGAAAACAGGCUGUUGAGCAAACUGGUAUUCAUCACAGUCUUCAAGGUCAUCAAGAAUGUGGUGGUGAGCUACCUCCUUGAACUGUUGCAGUCUAUGUGGUGAAUGCAUUCUGACGUUGUCGUUAAAAAGGAGGUUCCAGAAUAUUUUCCCAACAUUGACGGAACAGCCAUAUAAUUCUGAGCCAGGAUUGUACGUGACUUGGAGAUGUUGGACAGACUUUGGGAAGGACAGCUGGUUUUUGUUGAGCUUGGACCGACAUGUGAGAACCUGACCAGGACUCGAUGUGAAUACCACAAAACUGGACAGCUUAAUGAACUGAUUUUUGGAAAGCUGUAUUUCCACUUGAAACUUAAAUUACAUUGCAUUGGAUUUGCUUGAGAUUUGCACAGUACUUAGACUUGCCUAUUGUAAAUGCUGAAAAUCUCAUUCUUUUCCAUGAAGCACUCAGGUUUAACACUAAGUUUGGUUUUCAACUGCUGUACACUUGUUAGCACAUUAUAUAAUAGUACAAAUCACAGUUAUGUCAGUACAGAAAGGACCAUUUCUGCAGCAAAUGCAGGAUCACAUCAUCUUUCAAGCCUACCAGCACAUCGUGACAUAAUAGUGAAAGAAGGAACCAGUGUAUUAAUUGACUGCAAUGUGAACAGCAGCCAGUUGCGCAGUGUACUGUGGUACAACUCAAAGGGAGAUCUCUUGGAGGAAACAGGAGAACUAGAUGGAAAAUGGCUUAUUUUAGACAGUGGAGAGCUAAACAUCACGAGAAUUACAUUUGCUGAUCGAGGUCGUUACACAUGCGUCUCAACAAACUCUCAUGGAACCUUAAAUUAUACAGUCACCCUGCGUGUUGUCUUCACCACUGGUGACAUGGGUGUUUAUUAUAUGAUCGUUUGCCUCAUUGCUUUCACAAUUGUUAUGAUAUUGAACAUCACUCGCCUCUGCAUGAUGAGCAGUCAUCUGAGGAAAACUGAAAAAGCAAUCAAUGAUUUCUUUAAGAUGGAAGGAGCAGAAAAAUUGCAAAAGGCAUUUGAAAUUGCAAAGCGCAUUCCUAUCAUUACAUCUGCAAAGACGCUUGAACUGGCCAAAGUAACUCAGUUCAAGACCAUGGAGUUUGCCAGGUACAUUGAAGAACUUGCUCGAAGUGUUCCUCUACCACCUCUUAUCUUGAACUGUAGAGCAUUUGUAGAGGAUAUUAUUGAAGCUGUAUGGAUGGAAGAUGCAGAACAGGCCACAAAUGAAGAAAAUAAAGAUGGACAGGCAGUUAGGGGCACUGAGGAUAUUUACACUAUUGAUACUGAAAUACAACGCAGCAGUUCACCUGCAGGUGAAUCAGAUGACUCAUAUGUACAUGAGGAAUGCCAAGAGAUUGCAGUUCAGGUUUCAGUACAUUCUCAAUCUGAAAAACAGAGCAUUGACACACUAUCUCAAGGAAGCAGUCAACUUGAAAAUAGUGAAGAGAAUUUACCCAAGAUACAAAAAAGCAAAACAGAUGGUGUAGUGUAUGAAAGCCAUAUAUAGAUUGUGUAAGGUAUCUUUCUUAUCGAUUUUGAUUAUGAGGGAAAUGUUCAGUGUGCAGAGGCAAACCUAAAACUGGUUUGCUGACACGUUAGGUUAUAAAUGGACCAGAAGGCAAUUAUAUUCAACCCACAGCAGAAUUGUAUGUAAUGUCACCGUGAUGUUACUUUUAAUAGAAAUAUGUGUGUAAUUUGUCAGUUGUAGACUGCUGCUGAAGAGGUUAAUAGCUGUUUGUAUCUCGAAGAUGCAAGGUAUGAGUAAACCUUUUUAUCAUCAUAAGUAGUUGUUGUUUGAGAAUCGUGCUCUUAUUUAAUGGAUGUAAAGAUAAUUUGACUGCAUUUAUGAAAAUGAAAGGAUUGUUGUGUAGUGGUAAGUCACCAAUACAUUGCAAUCUCAUUGAAAUUAACAUAUCUGGUGCAUAUAUUAUUGAUAAGCAUCAUAAUAAACUUGAAGUUUUAAUCGUAAGGGAAGUACCUAAAAUCUCAUGAUUUUCCAGCCACUUUUGAAAUCCUCUGAGAUUCAGAUCAGCCUUGAGGACAGGCCCUGCCCAGUGUAGUUUAAACCAAGUAUUUAUGCUUUGAUUCAUUAUUUCCCUAGCAAUCCCAACCCACCAAAUCAUACACUGCAGACUUGAAAAAAGUAAUGUAAGCCCAUGAUUGUCCAGAAGAUCCACAUGGUAAGGUUUACCCUUCCCGGUUACAGUUGCACACUAUUGUUUUUGAAAUACCAAAAAAGAUUAGCAGCACUGUUUCUUUUCAGUCUUCAAAAGUAUAUUUUAACAUGCAUUUCACAAUGUCUGUUUUGCUACAGUGAGGUGUGGAAGGAUUUUUGCCUGAAUUUAUUGUAUGUUCAAGUGCAUGGUUCUCUUCUGAUGUGUCCUUAAGCAAUUGGUAUAUUGAAUUAAUUAUUUUCUACAUAAUGCAUGCAACUGUUUCUACACACUUUAUUCCUCUUGCUCACAUUAGUCUGCCAAUCCAAACACUUUAGUCCAGCAGCUCCUGAAUCAAAUCUUUGAUGAAAUAAUAAGUCUUACUUUACCAAUUAUAUGCUUUCUCAAUUAUACUUCGGAGUGAUUUGUUACAAAGUUGUAGCAAUCUUGUACAAAUGCAGUGGUGCUUUAAAUUGAAUACUCAGUAAACUGCAUAAGUAGACUGACUCAAUACCUCAUCCAUUUUCACUUUACCUUUUUGACAGGUAAACAUUAUUAUUUUUAUUUCUUCAGUCAGUUUAGUUGUAUUUCAUAUUCUUCCAUAUACAUAAAUGAUGUUUAAAUUCAUAGAAGCACAGAAUAAUUCAACAACCAGCAGCAGUCUUCAAGACUGCUCACAGCAUUUCACAUUUUAUGUUCUUUUAAUCUUUAAAUGAUGGCUAAUAUAACUUAAAUUUCAUGGAUCUAUUUUUCCAUCUUAAGCAGUUUGGAAAUGUUAGUCAUGUGUACACUUUUGUAGCUAAAACAAAUAUUCUUUAAAGUUGCAAUUUCAACUGUCAUUCUGUGGUACAGCUUUCUAUGAAGUAAAAGUUGUUCAUAACUGAUGCUGAAAUUGUUUUACAGUUUGUUAUAUUAAAUAAUUUGUUCCAUAUACAUUCCAUUUUGCCAAUGUGGAUUUAUCUAGUUAGUUAAACACAUCAGCUAUCAAAGGUGAAGCAUCUAAUGGAGUUUAUAUGUCAAUUUGUGCAAAAAUGUAUUUAUUUUCAUACUUUACUGGCGUGUAACCCCAUUUACAUAUGGUCUAUUCAGUUACUCUUUGCUACAUUUGUAAUAAUUUUGACUUUAUUUAGCACAUGCAACAAUGAAUAUAAUAAAGUUUUAAACUAGUAGUUUACAAAAUAAAAUUGAAAAUUAUGUUAGAGGGUUUGUUAAAUAGCAGAGUCAGCUGGACGGCUGGUUUGCAAUUUAGAGUGGUGUCAACAUCGUGGUUUCAAUUCCCACACCAGCUGAGGUUACCAUGAAGGAUCCUUCUUCUGAAUCCUCUCUUCUCACUGAGGCAUGAUGACCCCUAACAUUAACCACUGGCCCCCUCUAAUGAAAGACCAGCCUAUAGGUCUAUGGUGAUUCUUCCUUUUACUCAUUGCCCUUUGGGUAGAAAAUAUGACUUUGUUCCACUGAUCCUCUGCUAUUUUGUGCUUGUUCAGUCUUCUACCUGGAAUUAAUUGAGAGUUGCCAAUCAUUCCCUUGAGAUUCUUGCACAGCUGUUGCCACACUAUACCCAUUACUGCUAUUACAAUUUAACAGAUUUCUCCUUUCCCUUUUCCCUUGGGCCACGAUAAUCAAGUGUAGCUCUUGAUGCAAGUCUGCACACUUGGUUAUGACAGGUCAGUACAUGAAUAUGUCAGUGGCGUACGUAAUGUAUCAUUAUUAACAGUUGUAUAUACCACAAGGUCUGUUUUCUGACCCAUAAUACUUGCGCAACAGACUACACUGUAGAUAUGAAACAAUUGUUCUUCCCCUAAUUUUGGAAGGUACAGAGGCCCAGUCAGAUUUGUCUGUUUGAGUAAAUAUAUCCUGUAAAAUUUCAGACUAAUAACAAUUCCAAUAAUUAUACCUGAGAUGUCCUUACCAUAACAUUUUUUUGCUUCGUAAUGCUAAUAAAGCAAUUAUAAGUCAAUAGCUUGACAUAAUUUUCCAAUACAUUCUAUAGGAAUUUAACAUUAAAAAUAAUAAAAAGGGAGUUAUUAUUCCUCUGAAUUGUUUAUGAUCAUUGCUAGGGGGAGUGAAAGACAAGUAUGUUCCUUCCAAAUGCGAAAAACAGUGGGUGUAGGAAAUCUGAAACAAAAGCAGAAAAUGCCAGAAAUACCCAACAUGCAAGGAAACACCAGUGAAGAGAGAAAUAGAAUUAACAUUUCAGGUUGAUCGCCUUCUAACUGAAGACACUUAGAAACAUAAUCAAGCAAGUGAAGGGAGAAAGAACAAAAAGCAAGGUCUGAGAUAUUGUGCGAGAGAUUAAAUGACAAAAAAAAAUGGUGGUGCAAGUUGAAAGGGUGUGAUAAUGGGCGAUGUAAAUAAACAAAAGAUGUCAAUGAUGUGACCAUCCAAAAGCAAAAUUUGGGAGAAAAAAAAAUAAAAACAAAGCCUGCAAUGUAGAAGGAAAUAAAAUGGAGUAGAAUUUAAAGUCUGAAGGUUUUGAACCUAAAUGUUCAGCCCACAUGGUUGUAAAGUGCCUAAAUAAAGAUGA